AAAAAAAAAAAAAUUAUAGAUUAAUAUAAAUCAAUUCUAAAAUUAAUAUGACGGGAAAGGCUGGUUAAUAGGCAAGACACUUAAACAUUUUUAAAGUUUUUUAUUGUUUUGAAGCAUACAUAAAAUUUACCAUUUUAACCAUUUUUAAGUGUGUAGUCAGUGGCAUUAAGUACAUUCCACAUUUUUGUGCAACCAUCACCAUCUGUCUUCAGAACUUUUUCAUGUUUCCAAAGUGAAACUGUGCACUCAUUAAACAAUAACUCUCCAGCGCCCCCGUAACCCCUGGCUUGUUUAUUUAAAAAGCCAGCUCUUGGGUUUAUCAACUCUAACAAUUUUCUGUAUUCUAAUUCAUGGUUUUCUUCAUGCAUUAGAAUUGUUUUCUUCUGCUUUUCCUAGGUUCAUUUUCUUGUCUCUUUUUUUUAGAUAAAUCCUUUUUAUAUUACUUCUUUUGUUUGUUAAUGAAAGUAUAUGGCUUCAGCUCUGCCCUGUAGAACUUUUUUUUAACCCUGUAGAUUUUGCUAAAGAGUAUUUUUAUUAUUUCACAUGGAUAAAUUACAUCUUGGCUGGGUAUAGAAUUCUUAGGUCAUAUCGUUUUCCUUCCAGAUCCUUGUGGAUAUUGAUUGCUACAUGUCUUUUAGCAUUCCUAGUUGCUUUGGAGAUGUUCUGGUUAUCUGCUGCUGUGUAACAAACGUCUGAUGGUUUGGAUGGCUGCAUGUCCAAGAUGGCUUUUUCACUCACAUGUCUGGCACCCCAUUGCUUCUCCUUUUGGCCUCUCUCAUCAGCAGAGUAGCCUAGACUUUUCACGUAGUGAAGAGGCAGCAAUCUGCUAGGCUAGCUAAGGGCUAUACCCAGAACUGUCAUAGUGUCACUUGUACUGUAUCAGAUUGGUCACAGCAGUCACAUGUCCUGUCCAGAUCUUUUUUUAAAAAAAAUAUUUAUUUAUUUAUUUGGCUGCAUGGGGUCUUAGUAGUUGCGGCACGCGGGAUCUUCGUCACGGCAUGCGGGCUUCUCUCUAGUUGUGGUACAGGCUCCAGAGCACACAGGCUUAGUUGCCUCGCAGCAUGUGGGAUCUUAUUUCCCUGACCAGGGAUCAAAUCUGCCUCCUGUGCAUUGGAAGGCAGAUUCUUAACCACUGGACCACCAGGGAAGCCCCAAGCCCAGUUUUUUUUGAGGAGAGAAUAGAUUCCAUCUCUUGAUAGGAGAAUACCAGCAAAGUCACAUCAUAGAACAACAUGUGGGAGUUAAUUGUUGUGGCCAUCUUUGGAAAUUAUAGUCUCCCAGAGAAUUCUGUAUUUUGUUUUCCUUUUUUGGGCACGUAUUGACUUCUUAGAAGAUUAAGGAAAUGCACAAUUUUGAGGAUGAGUUAACAUGUCCCAUUUGUUACAGUAUUUUUGAAGAUCCUCGUGUACUACCGUGCUCUCAUACAUUUUGUAGAAAUUGCUUGGAAAAUGUUCUACAGGCAUCUGGUAACUUUUAUAUAUGGAGACCUUUACGCAUUCCACUCAAGUGCCCUAACUGCAGAAGUAUUAUUGAAAUUGCUCCAACUGGUAUUGAGUCUUUACCUGUUAAUUUUGCGUUAAGGGCUAUUAUUGAAAAGUACCAGCAAGAAGACCAUCCAGAUAUUGUCACCUGCCCUGAACAUUACAGGCAGCCGUUAAAUGUUUACUGUCUCCUGGAUAAAAAAUUAGUUUGUGGUCAUUGCCUUACCAUAGGUCAACAUCAUGGUCAUCCUAUAGAUGACCUUCAAAGUGCCUAUAUGAAAGAAAAGGACACGCCUGAAAAACUGCUUGAACAGUUAACUGACACACACUGGACAGAUCUUACUCGUCUUAUUGAAAAGCUGGAAGAACAAAAAUCUCAUUCAGAGAAAAUGGUCCAAGGUGAUAAGGAAGUUGUUCUCCAGUAUUUUAAGGAGCUUAGUGAUACAUUAGAACAGAAAAAAAAUUUUUUCCUAACUGCUCUUUGUGAUGUUGGCAAUCUGAUUAAUCUAGAAUAUACUCCACAAAUUGAAAGAAUGAAAGAAAUAAGAGAGCAGCAGCUUGAAUUAGUGACACUGACAACAUCUUUACAAGAAGAGCCUCCACUUAAAUUUCUUGAAAAAGUUGAUGAUGUCCGCCAACGUGUGCAGGUCUUGAAACAAAGACCACUCCCUGAGGUCCAACCUGUUGAAAUUUAUCCUCAAGUAAGCCAAGUACUGAAAGAAGAAUGGAGCAGAACAGAAAUUGGACAGAUUAAGGAACUUCUCAUUCCUGAAAUGAAAAUUUCUCCAAAAAGGAUGCCAUGUUCCUGGCCUGAUGAGGAAAAAGAAGUUGGAUUUUUUAAGAUUCUAAACAUUGUUACAGUUACACUAAUUUCAGUGGUGCUGAUGCUGAUCCUCUUUUUUAACCAACACAUAAUGACCUUUUUAAAUGAAAUCACUUCAAUAUGUUUUUCUGAAGCCUCUCUAUCUGUUUACCAAAGUUUAUAUAAGAAUGUGCACGAUUUAAAGAAUAUACUGUGUCACACUUUAUAUUUACUGAAGGAAUUCAUGUGGAAAAUAAUUUGUUGAAAAUUCAAAUCUGAAUUGUUUAAGUAGGCUUAUUCUGUACAGCAGAGACUAAUGACCAUUGCUAAAUGGAACAAUAGGGGUAGCAUGGAUAAGUAAAAUAGCAAGCUAAAGUUUAUUAGAGUUGCAACAAAUAUAAAUAAUCCCUUUCAUGCUUCUGUUGAAUAGAAAAUGUGUCAUCAAAAGUUAGAAAUGAGACAGAAGUCUCUCGUUUUCUGAAAACCAGAACAAAAUCCAGUAAUUACUUGAUUUUGAGUAUUAUCCCAUUUUUAUUGGUUUGAGAGGUUGACUUAGUAUCACUGUGAUAUUUAAAUAUUCUUGUACCAAUAUUAUCUUUUAGCAUUAUAUACUACAGUGGUUGGUUCUGCAGUUCUUUGUGUAUACGUAGCUUUUAAUUAAAAGAUGGCAAAAUUCCAAAAGGUAUAAGCUUGACACUUUUGAAUGGACAAAUAAGGAUGGUGAGAAGAGGUUUUAAAUUCAAGUAGCAAAGUCUCAUAGUGAGAGUGGACUGCUUACAUUAAAGAUGUGUUUGAUCUUAUGUACCUGAUCCAGACAUUAAUGUAUUUUAGGUAGAUUUAAGAGCUCUAAAAUGUUUAUAUCAGCAUUCACUCCUAAUAAAACUAUUGCUUUGGGAAACCUAAAGUGCCAUUAGGGACCAAACAGUAACAUUCCCUAGUACUUAUUAUUCUAUGGUUUGUGUAAAUUUAUUUUAGGAUUGUAUUUAACUUUUGUGUAGUCUUAGUCAUGUCAGUCAAAUCAGUUCUUGGCUAAAAACUCUAAAACAUGUUACUAGAAUGGAAUAUUGAUAUAUCCCUCCCUCAUAUUGUCUUAGAUUUUCUGUUGAACUUUCUCUUAUGCUAAUGCCAAAGUACCAAUAAUUCGAUCUUAUUUUCUUGAAUUGUGUUAUAAAGGGAGCCUACUCAGUUAUUAAGUCAAAUCCCUUUUAGUUUCCUUUUUAUUAACAGGGACUGAACCGUGGUGCUUGUGGUAGGACUCUUAGCCCUUUUGUCCUUGUAACCCUAAGUACAAGCUCACUCACUUUCCAGAAAUUCCAAAUUGGCUGUAGCUCUUGGAUCACAUAUAUAGGAGCCUUACUUUAGUUCACAGAUUUUCCAGGUCAGAUUAGGUCCUAUAGCUGUGACUGUACUCAGGGCACUAGUUCUAAAAUACUCCUUAGUGUCUUAUCUACUGAGAACAACUCUGAACACUAAGGUGGCUGGCUGUAUUGUCAAUUUAUGGUCAGAAUCAGAAUAGCAUGACUUGUGUGGGCAAAGAACAUCUGGAGGUGGAGGAGGUAUAUAUUCAGCUUACCAACUAACUUUAGACUGAAAUUGCAUCGACUUGAUUAAAGUAAUAGUUAUAACACAAAAAUGCCACAUACUUUUUGGAAUACGUAUAAAUAUUAGUAAGCACUGAAAUGUUAGGUAUUAUGUGUCAAAAUUGUAAUCUCAUAUUUCUCGUGUAUUAACCCUCACUUUUGUAGAUUAGGAAACAGACACAAAAGUAAAUUGCCCAAGGCUAUGUAUCUAGUAUAUGAGAGACUCCAUGUAUUCUUUUCAGAGUUCAUCUGUCGUGCUACAUUUUUAAAGGAUUUAAGCCAAGAUUUUUAAAUCUAAUAUAUGUCUAUGAAUCACAGCUAAAAACUGAAGCAUUUUAAGUUUGACCUUAAUAUUUUUUGUAACUUGCCAGUUUUUAGUAGAACUUCACUGUUGGAUAAAUUUUAUGCAGUGUGCAUGACUAUAGUCAAAUAUACAAAUAACUGAGUCUUAUACAUGCUCUUCUCCUUUUUGUGUUUUUAUCAGGAGGAUGAGACUGUAAAAUUUAAAGUAUGUAAUCCUGAAAUAUUUCUAAGUUUUUAUGUAUAACAAAAGUAUAUAUUUUAAUAAACUCAUUUUGAUAUAAGCAUUGAGUGGCUUAAUAGGGCAGUCAAACUCAGGAGUGGUUGCUUUGGAAUUUCCACAUGGGCUACGGGAAUUAUCUAUCUACUUUAACUCUUUGAAAGUUAGUACUGGGCUUCCCUGGUGGUGUAGUGGUUAAGAAUCCGCCUGCCAACGCAGGGGACACAGGUUUGAGCCCUGGUCUGGGAAGAUCCUGGAAGAUCCCACAUGCUGCGGAGCAACUAAGCCCGUGCGCCACAACUACUGAGCCUGCGCUCUAGAGCUAGUGUGUCACAAUUACUGCCCACGUGCCUAAAGCCCGUACUCCGCAACAAGAGAAGCCACCGCAAUGAGAAGCCUGUGCACCACAACAAAGAGUAGCCCCCGCUCUCAGCAACUAGAGAAAACCCACGUGCAGCAGUGAAGACCCAAUGCAGCCCAAAAUUAAA